AUCUUCGACCAUUUUUCCUCAAAUUGACGUCAAAUUAUCUACCUACCGAAUCCGGAAUCUCUCUCACUCAUCACGACGAGGCAUACCCUUGUUACAAAUACCCAUGAUUCCAAAAACCCCCUCACUAUCAUUUCAGCGGCUAGAUUUUUUCCCCACUCUUUUCUUUUGCUUUCUUUGGCUUCCAUUCCUAUAUUUGCUUUAAUCCCUUGGUCGCAGAUUGCGCUUUCUCCUCUGGUUCUUCCGCCUGAAAUAGAAGUACUCGAAGGCAUCUUUUCUUCUGGGUCUUCUUUUCAGGCGGUGGAUUUGCCAUUUCAGAGGACGGGAGUAGUCAUCUAAUUAACUGUGGGAGGAUUGGAAAGCUUGUAGCUGCAAAAAUGGUGAAUCUUUGUGCACGUUCUUCUAAGCAGGGGAAAGGGAAGAGGUUGUGGAAGAAGAUGAAGUACCAGCUGGUUGAGUACCACUCAUUGCCUGGCUAUUUGAGAGACAAUGAGUUCAUUCUGGGUCAUUACCGAGCUGAAUGGCCAUUGAAGCAGGUCCUUCUAAGCAUCUUCAGCAUUCACAACGAAACUCUUAAUGUCUGGACGCAUUUGAUUGGGUUCUUCCUUUUCCUUUCCUUGACCGUCUACACUGCAACAAAGGUCCCAAAAGUUGUGGAUCUCCAUUCCCUUCAACACAUCCCUGAUGUGCUGAAAAAGGCUGAUCUGCAAAAGAUGCAUGCAGAGCUCUUGACUUGCCUGCCUUCCUUACCCAACAUGCCAGAUUUGCACAGAUUUCAGGAGGAAUUCAGGACUUCAUUGCCUUCAAUGGAUUUGCUUCCGUCGCCAUCAAAUUGGCAUAUCGUUGAACUACUUACUAACUGUUUGCCUGAGAGGUUCUCCCAUGGCAACCACAGCGAUGUUUGUGUUCUGCGGAGCAUGAAGGAAGACGUGGCAAACAUUAUAGCGCCAUUGGUGAGGAGGCCGAUCACCCGGUGGCCAUUCUUUGCCUUCUUGGGCGGUGCCAUGUUCUGCUUGCUAGCCAGCAGCUGCUGUCACCUCCUUGCCUGCCAUUCAGCCCGUUUAUCAUACAUCAUGCUCAGACUUGAUUAUGCCGGUAUUGCAGCUCUCAUCUCUACCUCCUUCUACCCUCCCGUCUACUACUCCUUCAUGUGCAACCCCUUCUUCUGCAAUCUCUACAUGGGGUUCAUAACCCUCUUGGGGGUAGCUACUAUCUUGGUUUCUCUCCUACCAAUCUUUCAAACUCCCAAGUUUCGUAGUGUUCGGGCAUCACUUUUCUUCGGAAUGGGCUUUUCCGGGAUAGCACCAAUUCUUCAUAAGCUGAUUUUGUUCUGGCACCAGCCUGAAGCACUCCAUACAACUGGGUACGAACUUCUUAUGGGAGCUUUCUAUGGCAUGGGAGCACUGGUCUAUGCUACAAGAAUUCCCGAGCGUUGGAAGCCUGGGAAAUUCGAUAUUGCCGGACACAGCCACCAGCUCUUUCAUAUAUUAGUUGUGGCUGGGGCAUACACUCAUUAUCGCGCUGGGCUGCUGUACCUCAAGUGGCGGGACAUAGAAGGGUCUUGUUGAACAAAAUGUGUUAUAAACUUAUAAAGAUGCGUGGGAAGAAGGUUCUUUUGUUUUUUCUUGGUAUUGUUGUGCUGAUGGGGGAAGAAGGUUGGAUAUAUAUACAACAAUAGAUUCUGAACCUAUCAUUGCUCUGUAAACUUCAUAAAUCAUUCGAUUUGGGGCGAGAGAUCGCCUAUUCCAUUGGACCA